UUGCGCCUGCGCAUCUCGCUUGGUGGAUUACAGUGACUCUGUGCGACUCUGUGUGACUCUGUGCAACCCUGUGCUUACCUGUGUGACUCUGUGCAACCCUGUGUGGAUUAUGUGACUACCUGCUGAAGGGGCCGAUUGAAUGACGUUAUGUCUGAAAACUCGGGAGCAGCAGUAUCAAGGGCGUCGACACCACGCCCUACAGAGAGCCCCGUAAAUCCUCCCCUAAGAUCAAGACACGACCAAUUCCUAGCUAGCUCUGCUGAACGAGCGCAAAGACCAGUAUCCAAUGGACGCGCACCGAGCGGCAGCUUCGAGCCUCCUCUACCAUACCGCCAAAUACCAAGCGGUCCCCUCCUUAGUUCCUCACAUAGGGAAUCUUCUGCCUUUGUCCCUGUAGUUCCUACUAGAGCUAUGCAUCCAGUUAUGUAUUCUGGUGACAUGCAUCCGUCGAUGAUGCCCUCCGAAAUCAUGGAAAGAGAAAGAAUGCUAGAGAGGGAUCGAUCUGAACCCGCAAAGGGAUCCCCCGAUCGAGCAUCAGGUAAUUUUGGAAAGAGAAAUUCCUUUGACCUUAUGGCUAUGAUGGUCGAGAAGAGAAAAGAGGUGGUCCUACGGGAAGCGGCAGCGGCGAUGCUCAUGCCGCAUCAUCGGACGCCGUCAAUGGAUGGAAUGAUGCCCGAAGGCCCAUCUCAACCUCCAAUCUAUGGUCCACCCGGGGCAUUCCUGGCAGCUCCUGGACCGUCUCCGAAUGCUGCUAACAGCUAUUCUUUUCCUGGUGCUGGCUUAUUUCCACCCGGAGCUGGUCCACAUCAGAUGCACAUAGACCGAAGGCUGCUACGAGCUCCAGGCCGAGCUUCGAGGCCGAAGAAGCAGUUUAUCUGUAAAUUUUGUAACCGCCAGUUCACGAAGUCCUACAAUCUGCUUAUCCACGAAAGGACCCAUACAGACGAGCGUCCGUAUUCCUGUGACAUCUGUGGAAAGGCGUUUAGGAGACAGGAUCACCUGAGAGAUCACAGGUACAUUCACUCCAAGGAGAAGCCGUUCAAGUGCACAGAAUGUGGAAAAGGAUUUUGCCAGUCGAGGACGCUGGCCGUUCACAAGAUCCUGCACAUGGAGGAAUCCCCUCAUAAGUGCCCAGUCUGUAGCAGAAGCUUUAAUCAGCGGUCCAAUCUUAAGACCCACCUCCUCACUCAUACGGACCAUAAGCCGUAUGAGUGCAAUUCGUGUGGCAAGGUAUUCAGAAGAAAUUGCGAUUUACGACGGCAUGCCCUAACCCAUGCUGUCGGAGACAUACCACCAGGUGAUGUACUCGAUGUUGGAGAAGAAGAUAUAGGUCGACCGGGGUCGCCGAUAGAGCCAGGAUUUGACGACGAGGACGCUGAACUAUCCUCCCCAGACCAUUCCCCAGUUCGACGAGCUCGAUCGUCGUCUAUCGAAAGCAUUGGUAGAGAGAAAAGUGAGGAGAGACCUAAAGCAGCUUCGCCCUCUCCGGUUGAACGCACACACUGUCAUCACAAUGAGCCACGAGACAGAGCGAGCCCAUAUACAAUGCGUCCACAGCAACAUGACAAACAUCGUCCACAAGAUGUUUACGAGAAACGACGUUACACCUCUGAGGAGAUCAUCGAGAAGGAGAUGCGCUACACCGAAUUACCUGAACAUCCGAUGAGACAUCCGCAAUUACAAAUUCGGAGAGACCUCCAUCCGACGAUGCCACCGGAUCCCUCUAAAAUGAAUCAAAUGGCGAGCCCACCGAUAGAUCCGGGGCCUUCUGGAAUGUUCCUUAGUUCCUUCAGAAAACGCAGCCAUCCACCCGAUAUUGAAAACGUAAGAUCCUGCACUGCAGUUUAUAGGAGUCGCUCCCCUGAGCCGACUAACUUGACUAUGCCUCGGCAGCCUUUGAGCACCCCAGAAGUGAUGGUAAAUAUGCCGCCGAAUCUCCUAAACAUGCCGGGCUACCACAAGUUCGGUCUUCCUUUGCCCCCGCCACAUCCUCAAAUGCCUUACGGUCCUAUACACCAUCCUAUACUGGGCCCGCAACAGACGGUAGCCCAGGACCUGAUAGUUAAACACGUUCCUCCUAAAGAUACAACACCGGGCACAUCCACAAGUGUCACAAACUGUAAAGAUAUACCACCGGUGGUGAAAGAAAACGUAGCGAUAGAUUCGACCGUGAUCGCUAAUGGAAUCAAGAACAUCGUUGGUAUACAACCGAAUUUGAAUCCGAAGCCGGGAACGAGUCAGACAAGCGGCCCUAAAAAAGGUUUUAGCAUAGAGGAUAUAAUGAGGCGUUAGAGACACGUUAUAGCACAUGAGUACGGAAUUAUGUACCGCGGUUGUGGUGCUGGUGCAAUGUAAAUAUUGUUGCGGCUCUGUCGUUAGCAGUUUAAAACUUUAUGACAAGUAUUACUAGUGCAAGAUUAAAGUAAGCCCUAGAAUUAUGUUUGUAUUUCGGUGGAUUUGGUUUUCGCAAAGAUCUCAUAAGGUUUGUUUGUGCAGUGUUUUGUUACUUUCGAAAUUUAAAAAUAGUUUAACGAUGUUAGGACGUAGUGUCACGCUACUGCAAAAUUGAUUUUAUUUGUUUAUCGAUUCUAUUAGAUAAAUGCGAUUGAUUGAAGAAAUAUGAAUGUGUUAUUUAUUUUUUUAAUUGAUUGUCAAGG